GGGAAAGGAAAGAGAGAAUUUAAUAAAUUCACGGGCAUUUUUCUCUUUGUUAGUAACUUGCACAGAGAAGCAGUGUAGGUGUCUGUGUGUGAUCCAACGCCCUUCACCUCUUUUUCUUCAACUACCACAUUUAAAUCCCUCUUCCCCCUUUUCCUAAUUCAACUUCAUCCAUAUACAGGGAGGGAGCUUGGAAUCUUUGUUUAUUGAUUAUUGAAUGUGGGAUCUGGAUUAUAAGUUCCUUUUUUUCUUCAUUUCCACUUUGAUAAACAAGUUGAAGAAUCAAGUCUUAACCCCAUAACAUUUGGAUCAAAAUUCCUUUGUCUACUUGCAACUUGUAUUCUUUAAUAUAUGGACAAUGCCUCUAAUCUGAAUACUUCAUUUGUCUAGUCAUACACCCACCCCAACUACUGAAAAUUUAAUUUGGAUAUAUAUGCCUCCAGACAGUCUGAGAUCAGCUGUGUACAGAUCCUUUGUCACUUGUGAUGAUCCCAAAGGUGUUGUGGAAUGUACGACAAUCAGAAAAUCACAAAUGGAAAAAAAUGUGUAUUGUUCAUCAGACAAGGAAAAAGGAAGAGAAACAGUCAGCAAAGAUAAUCACACAUCUUCGUUCCAGCUAAUGGAGGUGUCCAGAGAAGCUCAAAAUCUGAACCAAGUGAUCCACUCAUGGUCUAAGGGUAUGACCAUAGAAAGACAUUCGAAUGAUAUCAUCGCUAAAGAUUUGUUGAAAGGAGCCCUUGAUUUACAGGAAUCACUUGUGAUGCUAGGGAAGCUGCAACAAGCUUCACAACAUAUGGCAAAGUUGAAGAAGAAGAAGCAGAAAGAUAAGCCUCAACUUGAUGGAAUACCCAUUCAAAGAACCAAGUCUGAAAGGAUUUCAGAACACAGGCUUGAGUUUCAAAAACCAAGAUUUUCUGUUGAUGGAGAUUGUUUUGAUGAGCUUAGGGAAGUCAUAAGAGACAACUUUGCUAGACAAAAUCUGCUGCAACCAAAUUGUGCUUCACAAAAGUCUCGGUUUCAAACAAGUGAAAAGGCGUCUGUUGAUACAAGGAACAUGAUUAUAUCAUCACAUGUCCCAUCCACUAGUUCAAGCCAGUCCUCCAUUGUUCAAUCCCAACAAGUGACCGCUUUUGAUUAUUCCCUGCUGCAGGAGAAGCCAGACGGGCCAAAUUUAAUUGCCAGACUGAUGGGUCUUGAAGAAAUUCCUAGAAAGCCCCAGCACCAAACUACCCAGAAGCACUAUGAGAAGGACAAGGUUGUCAAGCAGACCAGACCUAUAUUUGAAAUAGAUUUGCCAAAAGCAAAGAAGCCAACAUUCAUCAGUCACAAGGUGGAUCCAAAAAGAAAAACAUUGGAUGAAAUAAUUGAAACCAUGCAUUUUAAGGGGCUUUUGAGAAGCAAGUCUACACAUAAAUCUAAUAGUGUUUCAGGUUUGCUAAAUAAGUUUGUUGAUUCUCCACCCAUUGUGAUCAUGAAGCCUCUAUAUUCACAGGGUGAAAUGUUUCCUGCCUGUAACAAUGAACAAAAUCCAUCAGGCUCUAGAAACAAAUGGGAAGAAAGUUCAUCUGAUGAUCAGAAGGGAGCAUCGAAUUUCACCAUAUAUAGGAAAAUGCAGACAGGAAAAGAUCAUAAUAAUAGAUACAGCAAAGAAAAAGGGCGGAAGGACCAUGGUGAAGCACCUUCAAAAUCAAAGACUCUUCAAGUUUUGAUUCAGCCUAAACCAAAGAUUAUAGCUUCUUCUCCUGGAAAGUAUCGUGGUGAAGCAACUGCAAAAUCAAAGACUUUUGAUGUUCUGAGUCAAGAAAAACAGCCUAAUACAAAGAUUAGAGCUUCUUCUCUGGGCAAGGAUCUUGGUGAAGCACCUUCAAACUCAAAGAUGCUUAGAGUUCUUCUGCAAGAAAAACAUCCUAAUGCAAAGAUCAAAGGUUCUUCUCCUGGCAAGUAUAGUGGUGAAGCAACUGCAAAUUCAAAGACUGUUAAAGUUUUCAUUCAGGAAAAACAGCCUAAUACAAGGACUAGAGCUUCUUCUCCUGGAAAGACCGGGAAACCAAAGAAAGAAGCAAUUGGAAAAAGAGAGGACGUGACUCGACGAGUAGCUCCUGCUAUCAGAAACUCUAAAGAAAUGAAAAAUGCCAAAAUAGACGACAGUGCUAAAUUUCAGGACCAAUGCAAGAUGAGCACUGUGAAAGUGAGAAAACCAGAGAGAAAACCAUUGGUUGCACAAGCAAAAAGUACUAUAUAUGAUCCUCAGCACAUCACAACCACUGCAUCUCAUAACUCCAUUAAGAGGAAGAAGAAUGUUAAAGCUGACAAGUCCAUCAAGAGUACCCCCAUUGCUACAGUUGACAACAUAGAACACAAGGAUGAAAGUAUAGAAAUGGUGCAGGCAGUAGAUAAAGACACAGAUAUAGCCAUAUCCGAAGUUACAUUCUCAGAAGAGCUUCAGUUAGAAAAAGGGACUAAUAUCUUUGAGGAUCUUGUCACCGAUAAUGCUGUCAAUGGUGAAAGUGUCCCUUGUGAAUCUAGCGUUCUAUCAACCUAUUGUCUCGGUGACAUCAAAUUAGUGGAGCAGAUUAACUGUAACAUCAAUCUAGACUUCUCUGAGAAUGAAAACUUAGACUCCGGAGCCACUACAAGGCAUUUACUGUUGAGCAGUGAAUUGUUCCUCUGUCAGUGCGAGGAGCUUUUUGAAACAGAUGUGUGGGAACCAACUGUAUGGCAGACAACUAGUGUAGAUCAUGAAAUUGCUGAUAGAUCACUCUUACUUGAUUGUGCUAAUGAGUUAUUAGAAAAUAAAAGGUCCCAAUGUGCACUGGCAGUUAAUCCGUUAUCACUGAAGGCCAUUAAGAUGAGAAAAUAUUAUAUAUCCUUUGACAAGUUGAUGAAUGAAAUUUGUGAUGGGAUUGAAGUUCUGCGAUGUUACAAUAAGGUGGCUGGCAAGAACCUUUCAGCUGAUGCUCUUUAUCCACUGCUAGAAAGAGAUCUAUGGUGCAAGGGGGUGGUCCGCAAUGCAUGGGAUCUGGCUUGGAGAACUGGAUUAACUAACAAUGAAGUUGAACAAGUGGUAACUGACAUUGAGAAGUAUCUUUUAGCUGCAUUUAUCGAUGAUUUGUUGACCGACUUCAUGCUAUAACACUAGUACAUAUUCAGGUGGGCGAUUUAGGAACUUGGCUUAUAUAAUCUGUAAAGUUGGAGAAACUUUAAAGUUGUCUCCGUGUGACCUAUUGGUCAUGGGUUCGAGCUGUGGAAGCAGUCACUGUAGGUCUACAUCACACCCCUUGGGGGGCGGCCGUCCCUGGACCCUGCUAAGGCAGAAUGUUUUGUGCACUGGACUGCCAUGCCCCACUUAUAUAAUUUGUAAAUAAGAAUCCAAUAGAGGAGUUGAAAAAAGGUUUUAAGAAGCUGAGGAGUAGAAGUUACUAGCUCAAAUUACGUUUUAAUGCUGAGUUGAUCUUAAAUUUGUACAUUUCUUGCUGAUAUAGUUAUGUAAAUGUAUUGAAUCUAGAUAUGAUUUGUUCUAUUGCAAUUUCGAAGCUUGAUCAGCUUUGUAGAGUUUGUCAAAACAACCAA